AUGGCGUCCCUUGGCACCCUCCCUCCGGAAGUCUUCAACCUCAUCGCCAGGGUCCUGGCCGAUGGUCACUGCGAGCGGUCACUGGCGGCUCUUGCAGCCUCUUGCCGGGGCUUCUACGAGAUCGUCAUGCCGCACCUCUACCACCAGGUCGUCGAAAGGCACCCGGCGCUCCUUCACUGGGCCGCCUACUACGGUCGCUUGAGCACCGCACAGAGACUCAUCGAGGCCGGCGUAUCUGUCGACACCGGCAUGCUGUGGGAUUCGUCUGGGGCCGAACCCAAGAGUUUUUGGAACUUUGAGGCGUUCUGUGCCUAUGCCGGCAAAACGCCACGCAAGGUUUAUCGGGCCAUUCAGGGUCGCUUGAAGGACGGUAACAUUGUCAUGUGCCAAAUCCCUUCCCUACGCCAGCUAUCCAUGGCCUACGUUAUCUAG